AAUUUGUGGGUUUGUGCCUUCAUUUCGCUAUAAUGCGACACAAGCCAGCAUUCUGCACGAUAUAGCAAUGUUUAGUUCGUUUUUUCGACGAAAUAAAAAGGAAAACAAGACGUUAUUCGAACACAAAUUAUAUUUGGCAAAAGAGACACCAGAACCAAUCUUUGACCUCUCAGCAUGUGAUAUCACCCAGGUCCCGGCGGGGAUUUACGCGCUGUGCAAAGUCUUCAGGAAAGAAGUGCUUGAUGUGUCAAGCAAUCAACUGCAAUCCCUCUCAGGGGGCGGCAAAUUAGCUGAUUUGAACACCAUUGUUGUGCUUAACUUAAGCAACAAUUUCUUUACCGUUUUGCCAUUCGAUAUACAAUUAUUACACAGCCUUAAGGAACUUCAUCUUGAAGGAAAUCAAUUGAAAAAGCUGCCUUUUACAAUAUGCACAUUAGGUCACCUGGAGUUACUCAAUGUCAAUAAUAAUCACCUGCAUGAAUUGCCUGAAGAUUUAGGAAUGUUAUUUAACCUCAAAGUUUUGCUUGUAAGAAACAAUCCAAAGUUGACGCGACUUCCUAGAAGUCUGCACAAAGCACAUAGACUGUGUGAUAUUCAAGUGGAUAGUGAUGUUGUCACUUACCCGCCGCGAGAAGUUACCGAACAAGGUUGUGAAGAAAUCUUGAAGUUUAUUUGUCAUAGCGUUGAUUGCAAUUGCUAUGAAAAUAGAGGAGAUGUUGCUUGUGAUGUCACAGAUACACCAAAGAAUGGAAAUGAACCGUACCAUGCGUCUUACACUACUAAUAUUGAGGCAAAAUUUUGGGAUCUAGAAAAGAUAAAGGAACAAAAACAGAAAGAUUUCUUGGCUAUUGAGCGUGAAUGGGACGAAAUCAAACGGCAAGAGAUUGAAUUCGCUAGUAAUAAACGAAUCAACAAAGAUAAGUUAUUGGCAGAGCUGUCGUAUCAACAAGAACAAGUAAAUCUCUCACUGGAUAAGAUACAACAAGUCAAAGACGCGGAAAGAUUCAAACUUAUAGAACAACUCAAAGAAACUGAGUAUGCUGCUAGUCACGCAAUUCAGCAAUUGCUGCAAUUCAACACAAAACCGCCGAUAAAACUCUUUGAGUUGGAAAUGCAGGAACAUGAAGAACUAUUACGCGCUGCAAACGAACACAAAGAAGUGAAAAAUGCGCAGAUCUUGUUAGAAAUGCAACAGAUACUCGAGAAUGAAGCGAAUAAGUUUACACAAAUGGAUCAGUCACGGAUUGAAACAACUCAGACGAUAUUAAACCAGGAAAUUGAAUCAAAUGCACACGUACAAGAAAUCCUGCAAACAAUCGACGAUCGCGGUAAACAACUCGCUGUGACAAUCCAACAAGAUGAAGAUUUACAAAAAAUCGCUGUGGCUGCGUUAUUGGAGAAAAGCGAUGUGCGUUCGUGGAGUUUGGUGCAGCAAGUGUUACUUGUCGAAGGACAACUUGCUGCUCUCACACACAUUGAAUUAGACAGGCGUAAAUUACAACUUGAUCAAAAUUUGAAUGAUUUGGCUCAGCAACGUGUUGAACUCUCAAUGGUACUUCUAGAAUUGUUAGAUCAACAAAAUGCACGACGCGGUGAAUUAAUGUCGACUCUACAUGAUUUAGAACGCAUUAAUCAAGAGAAAGAUGAAGGGUUUUGGAUGCGUCAGUAUCAAGCCUUACUAGAUCGAAUGCCUGAAGGUUUGGCAGAGAUGCAAAAAAGUGUGAAUGCUCAUUUCGUCGAGUUGCUCCUGAUGGAAGGCGUGCUGCAUUACUUGCCUUUGUUGGCAAAGCUACAAAUUGACGACUCAACCGCCAUUGAUGAAGAUACAUUAAAAUCUGUCGGUAUUACUAAUGGUAUUGACCGACAGAGAAUAUUAGAUGCUUUCGAUAAGUAUAGACAGCGUGAUUUGAAGAAAUUGCAAGAGGAACCUAGUGCUCCGGCCAGUAGAGAGGAUUUGGACGAAACUGCAAGUGCUCCGGUCGCGAAUGUUGGUACAGCAGAGGCUGAAUGUGUUAUUUGCAUGGAUAAUCGGUGUCAAGUCGUUUACAUUCCCUGCGGCCAUUACUGCUGCUGCAGCGCCUGCGCACCCACAAUCUCCGAUUGUCCGAUGUGUCGAGCAAAGAUCGAGCGUAUUAUACGCGUGGAUCAAUAAUCUAACGCAUUUUCACGUACACAUAAUACAAAACCAAAAUACAAAACGUGCGCGCUUUAAAAUUGUUUGCCGGUGCUACAAGAGUUAAAAAUUGACAGAUUGCCGGACGCCAUCUUGGUUUCCACACCACGAAUGGCGUCGCAAGAUGUCAAAUUUUGGCUUAUAUUAUAAAACAUGUUAAUCGAAGUCAGGACGCAAUGCCGAGCACAUCUUGUGUGGCCUUAUAUUCACUUUUAAAUGUUGUAUAAUGUUUACUACUCAACAUUCCAUUUGCCAGUGUGGAACAGCUUCAAUUCAAGUAAAGAAAUGUAAUAAUGUGAACUGGCAAGUGGAAUACCAGUGUGAUAUCUCAGAAUUACGCCAUUUUUCACAUACAUAAAUUGUUAAUUAAUUUGUUAAUAUGUAUCACAGCAUAACCAACCAGUAAAGGAGCAAAUCAAAUCGA